UACCUUGCCGUACUGCCACUGACGAAUAGCGUUCAGUCGAGACCGAGCUCAUCCGCGAUACAGUUGCUUUUCGCAUUCAAUAGACAAAAUGGCUGAUGUUCCAAAGCGUGAAGUUGAAAAUGUCGAAUUCGUUUUCGAAGUUAUGGGCUCCCCCAAUGAGGGCAUUGAUGCCGUCGAUCUAGGCGAUGCUCUGCGCGCUCUGAACUUGAACCCCACCUUGGCGCUGAUCGAGAAAAUGGGCGGCACCAAGAAGCGCAACGAGAAGAAGAUCAAGUUGGACGAAUUCCUGCCCAUCUACUCGCAAGUGAAGAAGGAGAAGGAGCAGGGCUGCUAUGAGGAUUUCAUUGAGUGCUUGAAACUGUACGACAAGGAGGAGAACGGUCAAAUGCUGCUCGCUGAAUUGCAGCACGCCCUCCUGUCCCUUGGUGAGUGUCUGGAUGAUGAGCAAGUGGAGAAUCUGUUCGCCGACUGCAUGGAUCCCGAGGAUGAUGAGGGCAUGAUCCCAUACUCUCCAUUCCUUGCAAGAAUGUGUGACAGACCAGAUGCGCUAUAAAUAAAUACCAUCAAAAACAACAACAACAAAACAACAACAUCAAACAACAAAUUUAUAGCAAACAGCCAUUCUCCAUAGAUGUUAUAUUCAUCGCUAACUCUCUCUAUCUCUCUCUCGUAUAUUAUUUUAAUUAAAUUUUACUUCUGCUACUACAACUGCAAAAAUUGAACUUCAAGAUAAUAUUAUUUUUUAAAAAAUAAAAAAAAUUUAAAUUAUAAAAAAAUAACGAAAAAAAACUGAAAAAACAACUACUAAGUUUCGUGCUAAUUAUUUUGUUGUUCAUGAAAUUUUUUUAAGUUAUGAUUAUUUUGUGUUUUCUGGUUACAUACAUACAUGCAAACCAUUAAUUAUGAUUAUUCAUUUGAAAAGACGCAAAUAAACCAAGUAGCAAAAGCAA